UAAACAUAUAAAUAGGUGCUUGAAGCUAACAACUCUUGGCAUCAGUAGCAGGAGCACAAAGUGCAGAAGCAGAGCCAGUCCUAACUGCUUAGCCAGGAAAGCAGAAGCAGAGCGUGCUUAGCCAUGUACUCAUCCAGCUGCCAUGUGAUGUCCGAGAAGCCAAACGGUUCCAAGGCGGUGACGCUGCUGCUCAGGCUGUCCACGCUGGUUCUGUCGCUCAUCUCGGCGGUCGUCAUGGCCACCGCCACCAGCGACUGCACCAUCUACGGCCACGGCGGCGCCGCCAAGGUCACUAUCAUGUUCAAGAACUACCGGCCCUUCGUUUUCCUGGUAGUUUUGAACAUCGCGGCGGCGGUGCUGGAGGCAGCAGCCAUCUACCUACAGGUCGUGAAGGGCGACGACGGCGACGAGGCGCCCAAGCUUCCCCGGAUCAUCCUGGUUGUCCUCGACGUCGUGGUGCUCGCGCUGGUCAACGCGGCGACGGGCGCGGUGGUCGCGGCGGUCAUCGCCUACGGCCCCGAGAUCGACGCGUGCACCGUCGCAGGUGGUGGCCGAUUCCGCGAGCAGGUGCGCAGGUCCGAGCUCCUGUCGAUCGCCGCGAGCAUCUCCGCUGUGUCCGCCGCCGUCGCUAAGGACGUGCCGCUGCCCUUCUCCGUGUGGCCCCUCUCGUCGGAAUCAGGCGACUACUACUGAUCUUGGUUAUUAUUUGUCAGGUGAUGUUGAGUACUGUGAGUGUGAAGGCUUUCUGCCAGCGAAAUUCCAAUUUAUGUCAACUGAAUGCCACUACGAUAAGCUAUCCUUCGAAAAAAUUUCAGCACAAAUCAUAUAUUUGAUUUCCAUC